GCUUCUGCUGUGUAUGUUUGAGUUUCUUUAGCAAGAAUAUAAUUAUUUUCAUCAUGCGUCCAUUAACAGACGAAGAGACCAAAACGAUGUUUGAGAAACUCUCUAAAUACAUUGGGGAGAAUAUCAAACUUCUUAUUGAUCGUCCUGAUGGGACUUACUGUUUCAGACUUCAUAAUGAUCGAGUAUAUUAUAUGAGUGAAAAAAUCUUGAAGUUGGCUACAAAUAUCUCCCGAGACAAACUGGUAUCUGUUGGCACGUGCUUCGGAAAGUUCACGAAAACACAGAAGUUUCGUCUGCACAUCACAGCUCUCGAUUUCCUCGCGCCAUAUGCUAAGUUUAAGGUGUGGGUGAAGCCGGGAUCAGAGCAGUCAUUCCUGUACGGAAACCACAUCAUGAAGUCCGGCCUGGGGAGAAUCACAGAAAACACAGCGCAGUACCAAGGAGUGGUGGUCUAUUCAAUGGCAGAUGUACCACUGGGCUUUGGAGUGGCAGCGAAGACCACACAGGAGUGUCGGAAGGUCGACCCCAUGUCCAUCGUGGUUUUCCAUCAGGCUGAUAUCGGCGAGUACAUCAGAAGUGAAGACACUCUCACAUAAGACGAUAUAAUAUCUCCAGUGCUCAUGGACAGUUCAUACAUUCUGGUGAUUGGAUGUUCCCAACUUUACAUUCUUUUGGACAGUUUUCAGUGUUUAAACAAUAUUUGUUAUAUGUGACUUUCCAUUGAUUGUUUCUGUAUCAAAAAAAUAAACUUCAAGGUUUUUUUCAUUAACUAUUUUCAUCUGAUUUUAAAAUGAUACAUGGCAGCUGGGUAAUGCCAAACCAAACAGGAUACAAAACUAGAUAAAACCAGACCAAUCUUACAUAAACUAGAAAAAAAUUGUUAAAAAGUGCACCGACUUGCUAAACAGGGUUCACACACCUUUUGACCAAUUCAAAAACAAUUCCCAGUGUGUCAACAUGUUACUGUGAAAGAAAUAACACUGUACAAUUUAUUGCCAAUCAAAUAUAUUAUUUUCGAAU